GUUUUUGAGGAUGUCGCGCGACUGCAACUUCUUGGUCGUUGGCGGUGGGAUUGCUGGCGUUAGUUGUGCCGAAACAUUGGCCAUAUGCUGCCCCUCAUCGUCCAUUUUGCUGCUCACUGAAUCCAGCAUUGUGAAGAGUGUUACCAAUCUCGUGCCCGUCGCCCGCUAUCUUCACAAAUUCGAUGUGCGGGAGAAAGAUGUCAACGAAAUUGGCGCCAGCAUAGCAACAAUUGUGGACCAACUGGAGUACAUCAACAGCCGGGAACACUGGGCACGCACCAAGACGGGUGUUAUACUAAAAUAUCGAUACAUCUGCGUGUGCACCGGAGGAUCACCAAAGUUAUUCAAUUCCGGCCAUGCCGAGUCACGCAUCAUUGGCAUCCGCGAUACUGAUUCCGUGUUGGAACUCCAAAAGAGACUGCUCACAGCCAAGGAUGUCUUGAUUCUGGGCAAUGGCGGCAUUGCCAGUGAGCUGGCCUACGAGCUGAAGGAUGUUAAUGUCCACUGGGUGGUGAAAGAUUCGCAUAUAUCCGCCACUUUUGUGGAUCCGGGAGCUGCGGAGUUCUUCCAGCUGGCCAGGAGUGAGCUGGAGAAGCCAACAAUCACGGAAACUGCCAUUAAACGGAUGCGCUAUGGUGAACUCACGCCCCCAGACAAGAAGGAGAGUAAGCAAGGAGCCGCUUUGGGUCCGGACUGGCACAGCAAUUACGAUUUGAGUGGCGGUUCAAAAGAUGCGGGCAAAGUACUGCCGAAAAUGUACUACAAAUCGAAUAUAGCGGAUUACCAUAUGCUCCCAGAGGAAGGAAGACUUAGUAUUAAGUUGAGCCACGACGAUGGUAGCACGGAGAAGCUGACCUGUGAUUUUAUUGUGUCUGCAACUGGUGUCCAGCCACGGCAUGAGUUUGCAACUGAUUUCCCGCCAAAAUUAGCAGACGAUGGCGGGCUUUCUGUGGAUGAAAUGAUGAGGACCGAUUUGCCAGAUGUCUAUGCGGCGGGCGAUGUCUGUUCUGCAGCGUGGGAGCCUGCUCCCCACUGGUUCCAAAUGCGCCUGUGGACACAGGCCAGGCAAAUGGGUUCUAUGGCUGGACGCAGUAUGUCCGCCGCUUUCGAGGGAGAGCCCAUCUAUCAGGACUUUUGUUUUGAGCUCUUCGGGCAUGUGACGCAGCUGUUUGGCUACCCUGUAGUACUUCUUGGCCGCUUCAAUGGCCAGGGUCUGGGCCGUGACUAUGAACUACUGGUUCGCUGUACCCGCAACAAGGAAUACAUCAAGUUUGUGCUGCAAAAUGGAAGACUGCGCGGGGCCAUUAUGAUUGGGGACACCGAUCUGGCAGAGACCUGCGAGAAUCUUAUAUUAAAUGGCAUCGAUCUGGAGCCGUAUGGCGAUGAUAUACUUAAUCCUGAUAUUGACAUUGAAGACUAUUUUGAUUAAUUUAUUACAUUAUACAGCAUUAAAGACCAUGUAUCUUAAA